GGUGGAACUGAACACGCAGGUCAACGAGAUGGAUGGGCAAAGGGGUGUGAUCCCGGCAAACACACAGCUCCAGACUGCGUUUUCCGUCAAUCUGGGAUCAGAAAACGAAUCUGCUCAUGUAGAACUCUGCAUAUCCACAUCCAAUGACACGAUUAUCCGGGCGGUGCUGAUUUUUGCCGAAGGCAUCUUUGAGAACGAGAGCCACGUGAUCCACCCCACUCCUCAGAACCUCUCGAGCAGCAUAAAAAUCCCACUCUCCCCCCCGAAAGACGUCCCGGUGGAGCUGAACAUCAAAGCCCUUGUUGGCUACAAGAAGAG